CACAUGAACCGAUACAAGUUGAUAAGAGAGUAAAGUCAAAGCAACCGCGUUGCUUUGCUGAUUGGUGUGUUUACCAAGCUUGGAGUUUAGUAUCGGUUCUAAGUUUGGAAAGAUGAUGGCAAAUCUGAAGGUGUAUGCGGAUCGUAUGUCCCAGCCAUCUCGAGCAGUUCUCAUAUUCUGCCGGUUUAACGGAAUUGACUUUGAGGAGAUUAAGGUAGACAUUUCCAAACGUCAUCAUCUCUCUCCUGAAUUCAAAGAAGUAAACCCUCUGCAGAAAGUUCCGGCUAUUGUUCAUGGAAACUUUAAUCUCUCAGAGAGCCAUGCAAUCCUAGUGUAUAUUGCUUCUACUUUUCCGGGAGUUGCUGACCAUUGGUAUCCAAGUGAUCUUUUCACGAGAGCCAAAAUUAACUCAGUAUUGGAUUGGCACCACUCUAAUUUACGACAUGGAGCAGUGAACUAUGUAUUAGAUACUGUUCUGGGACCAGCAACAGGCCGUCCACUGAAUUCAAAAGCAGCUGCUGAAGCAGAGAGAGUUUUAUUAUCUUCUUUAUCAAAACUAGAGGAUGUUUGGCUCAAUGGAGAUGGACGCUUCUUGCUUGGUGGCUCUCAGCCAUCUAUAGCAGAUCUCAGCCUGGUUUGUGAACUAAUGCAACUUGAGGUUUUGGAAGAGAAGGAUCGCAGUCGGAUAUUAUCCCCAUACAAGAAAGUUCUUCAGUGGAUUGAGAAUACAAGAACUGCAACAAAUCCUUACUUUGAAGACGUGCAUAGUAUCCUUUAUAGAGCUAAGAAGAAAUUUGAACAGCAGCGUUCAAAGGUAGCUGAAAGUGGGACUGAGCCUAGAAACAAGAUGGGGAGCCAUUCAAAGAUGUGAAAGCCAUGCCUUCAUCUUUGUUGGAAGAUUGACAACAUAAUCAUAGCCUUUUCUUUCAGUAGGCUUGAGCCUUGCGUUUCUGGCUGUGCUUUGUUGACCUGAAUAGCUGUAUGGCUUGUUCUUCCUAUUAAGACAAAAAUAUUCACACACCCAUAAGAAGGUUUUGGCAGUGAAGUAAUAUGGCUGUACAUGGCAACUGCAUAUUCUGCUUCUAUCUUCACUCUUAACCAAA